AUGGCCGCUGUCCGUGUGCGGCGAUGGAGCGACGUGGAGGCGCGGCGGCGGCCAAUGCACCGUGCUGCUUAUGACAACAGCACGCCGAGUGCAGCGCCUGUAGCCCCCGCGUCGGCUGAACCCGCGCCUUCCGCCAAGAGCGUCCCGUUAGCAGUGAUGGAAGACGCCCCCGAGUGCGUCAUCUGUUUGGACGAAUUGGCGAUGGGGCGCGCUCUAUUCACGGCCGAGUGUGGCCACCGCUUCCACUUCAGUUGUCUAUUGGAGAAUGUAAACCACGACGAGGCCAAUUCGGACAAGUGUCCGAUCUGCCGCAAGCCGCAGACGCAAUGGCCUGAGCAGACUGAGGGGCUCGUCAAGGCGCAUCCGUUCUGUACAAACUGCGGUAAACGAGGCUCAGGAGGACAAUUUUGCGACGGAUGCGGGCAAUCGCUUGCUCAUACUCCUACGGCUCAAGAACGCGCUCGGGCGGCGGCAGCAGCGGCAGCGGCAAGGAGCAACGUGGUGGUUGAGUGUCCUACGUGUCGGAUCCGCUGUCUAGUAAGCACCACGGCUCGCGGGACCCUGCAAUGUCCCAAUGGCCACCUCUUCCAGCUACGAAUGCCCCCGACUACGGGCAACUCACAAGGACUUCGUCAAAGCUUCAGUGGAGCUGGACCGGGCUCAAUGACCUCAGGACCCAGGCCCAUCAUGCGCCAAUGCCCCACGUGCUACACGCGCGUGCAAAUGCCUCCAGGCAGCCAAGCGGGCCAGUACAUGUGUCCCCAUGGACACACUUUUUACUUCUCCCCGUUCCAAUAAUAGAUUAAUGCCUUUUACUUAA